AAUUGUACAGCUUUUUAAGACAACAAACAACCUUCUGCUGAGCUUCAGUCAGUGCAUUGCUGCUGAAGAAAAUGAUGAGGGGAUAAAGAGUGCUCUGCAGAAUAUUCUGCUUUUUUACUAUGACCCAGAGGACCCUGGAGAGUUUAUGAAUAACCCUGUGGCAGCUUACAAACUCCUCAGACAACUGAGAAAUGAUCUGAUACAUAUUGUAGAAUACAUCCAACCGGGUCUUCAGUGUAAACGGUAUCAUGAUGAGUUGAAGACAAAGAUCCCACAGUGGUUGGAUUUGAAUGGUGCAGCUUCAGGACUGAUCAGACUGCAGGAGAUCUACAAACUCUACCCAGAAGACAUCACAAUCGAAACAUCUCUAAAUGCAGAUGAAGCUUACCAUGUGGGGUUGGUUGCUUAUUACGAGGACAAAUUCCAGCAUGCUUUUCUCUGGUUUAUGCAUAGUUUGAAAAGUUUAACAGCAUACUCAAGCACUAUGAUGGAAGAACUGCUUCACUACCUUAAUUUCUCGGCCUAUUAUUUUGGAAGCCUGCCUCAAACCUACUUUAGCCAGCAGCCUCUAAAUCUGGAUUCAACUACAGAUAAAGUCAGACUUCAGCUGAAUAGACUCCUUCACUUCCUGAGAACUUCAAACCCUGACAUAUUCGCACUGAACCCAGAGUCAAGUAGAUAUGAGACACUGUGCAGAGGAGAGAUUAAUGAGAGGACCUCCAGGAGGCAGAGGGCGCUGUCCUGUAGAUACAGCACAGGUGGAGGAAACCCCAGACUGAUGUAUGCACCAGUGAAAGAAGAAGAGGAGUGGGACGAGCCUCGAAUCAUCAGAUUUCAUGACAUUAUUUCAGACCAAGAGAUAGAGAUCCUGAAGAACAUCUCCAGACCUCUACUUUCUAGAUCAGAGGUUUUUCAAGAUGGAAGGGGUGCUGUCUCAAAAGGCCGUGUUUCUCAAAGUGUUUUUCUACAAGAUGAUGACCCUGUGGAUGCUCUUGUCAAUCAGAGGAUUGCAGAUGCCACUGGACUCUCCAUGGAAACAGCCGAGUUACUGCAUGUUCAGAAUUAUGGGAUAGGUGGCAGAUAUGAACCACAUAACGAUGCUUUGGUAAGUUCACUUUACUGAGACACAAAAUCAUGGGUUACCAUGGAUUUUAUUCAUUUACUUAUUUGACUGGUUGGACUUAUGAGUAAAUAUUGAAUAAAUAAAUCUUCUUCUAAAUUUAAAUGUCACCUAGACACUGGAGGACAGAGCCUUUUUCAAGCAAUUUGUUGUUGUUGUUGUUGUAAAAAAAAAUUUGUAUGUAUUUGCUCCUCACUGAAAAAAAGGAUUUACUUGAAAAAAGUUUGGAAACAAUUUUCACUUAGAAAAUGCUAGUAAAUUUACAAACAAAAUUUUUUUUGUAAAAGCUCAUCCAUAAUUAUUCAUUUGCAAACAUGUAAGUAGGGAAGAAGAUUCAUUUGUCUUUUACGAUAACAUGUCCACUCAAUGUAAUUAUGAUCCAGUUAAACACAGAGACAUCAAUACUUUGGUACACCCUACACCAGUGGUUCCCAACCUUUUUUAACUCACAGCCCACACAACCAAACACAUAUGU